AUGGACUCUCAUGGGGUAUUGCCGAAUGGACUCAUGAAUUAUGGACAAACCAGAUCCCACGAGCGACAUAACAUCACACAAGAUAUAAGCCACAUCAAGGCUGAGGCAGGCUCCCGACUCUUCGUCGGAACGAACAUAACAUAUGAAGGAGCAGCGCCGAAGAAAGAUGAGAUCUUAAACUGGCUCGAUCCAGAAAAUCUAAGAAUCUCUCAAUACAAAGAGCAUACUAGGCAUAGGGAAGACCGAGCAGACGACACCGGAGAAGAUUUUCUUAACGGAGAUUUCAAACAAUGGGUGUCCUCAAACAAGAAAUUUCUAUGGUUGAGAGGAGAAGUUGGGUCCGGAAAAACUAUGAUAUGCUCGCAUCUCAUUGAAAAUAUUCCGAACAUCUUAAGGAUUACUUCUCCAGAAGUCACUUCCAACAGUAGUCAUUUAGUCGCCUUUUAUUACUGCUCAUUCAGCGACAAUUCUACCUUCGAUGUUAGCAAUUUUCAAAGAUCAAUAAUCGCACAACUUUGCGACAAGUAUGGUCUUCUGCCUGAAUUGAAAGAGCUAUAUGAGAAGUGUAAGCCGUAUCCGCCUUCGACAGUCCAGCUAACAGCAUUGAUUCUGUCAAUUAUUAGCUCACUCCAAGGCUCCUCGGCCACAUUCACAAACUCAGAACAAACUGAAGCCUGUCGGAGUAUUACUUUGGUCAUUGAUGGAUUGGAUGAGGUCCCCCCUGGGAAACAACGGGAUGAUUAUCUUCGGGUGAUUGAGAAGUUGUCAUCGAUCCAAAAUCCGAACUUUAGAAUUGUGAUCGUGAGCCGCGAGGAAGGUGAUUUAAAAGCAUCCUUCCCAAAAAAUUACGGAUGGAGAUGGCUCAUACGAGGCACUGCACACGUAACUCUUGACAUUAAACAAUUUGUUCAGGCACGAAUCUCCAAUCAUAGGAGACUUAACUCUCAAUCUACAGAGAUCAAGACUCUGAUUUCUCGAAGACUUAGUCAAGGCUCUGAGGGAAUGUUUCGACUUGCGGCACUUCAGAUGAAGGAACUCGAGUAUCUUACUCGGAACUUGAGAGUGAUCAAAAGGGCAGACCUUGAAAAUAUCUUUCUUUCAUUGCCUAGAGACCUGGAUACCUUUUACGAUUUGAUAAUAAGUCGUAUACCAAAGAGCUUGUUAUCAGAACUCGAGACGGUGUUGAAAUGGCUCAUCUUUGCAGCUCGGCCACUAUUUGUUGAGGAAAUCGUGGAAGUCUGCACGAUUCGACUGCCUUUAAACCAACCACCUGAUGUCGGAAGUCGCCGUCAUGCUCUAGAUAUUGUGGAGAACCUUCUAGGCCUGGUAAAAUUGGAGCCAGCGCUAGCAGAUGAUGUGGAGGUUGUGCCUCGAGGAGUUCAUAUACUUAGCAUUGCUCACUUCUCGGUCCAAGAAUAUCUGUGCCCAACUCACGAUAUCAAUCGCCCCCCUGGACUAAUUCGCUUCACGGAUAUAUACAAGGAGCAUCGAACAAUAGCACAAGCCUGUCUCGCUUAUCUCCUCCAUUGCUCCAAGAACAAAGAUGGCCGCACAGCUGCUUUUUGUCUACGAGAGUAUUGUUGGUAUUCUUGGUCCAAGCAUAUCACCAUAAUCACAAACUCUCGUGAUGUAAAAGCGCGGACUACGCUGGAUUCUUUACGAUUACACAAUAGCAUCAUGAUCCCCAUUCUUUAUAUGCGAUCCCCAGAGAUUGUAUCUAUAGAGGCUGCGCGCUUGAGAAGCUUUGCGGCGACAUUCACUCCAGAAUUGUACACAGAACUUCUGGCUACCAUUCAAGAUUUAGAGUUCCCAUUUGACGACACUACUGGAUCGGGGAGGGAAAGAGAUUUCCAUGAAACGCAUUACAAGACCAUUCCAGGACAUUUUCCGGGUGUUACUAGGCUUGUAAUUUUGUAUCCAUCCAAAUAUCCAGACUCGCCUAUCAGGCUUAGUAUAUGUAUUGAUUCGCUUGAUACCAAUCUAGAUUAUACUGCUUUAUCAUAUAUAUGGGGUUCACCUUACCAUGAGGCGAGAGGAUACGUCAACGGGUUUUCUAUGGGUUUGACCCCUAAUCAGCACUCUGCUUUAGUGCAUUUGAGACAAAAAACUGAGCCGCGCAUACUCUGGAUAGAUCAAAUCUGUAUCAACCAGAGAAAUAUCGAGGAGAAGAUCUACCAGACAGCUUUGAUGGGGCGAAUCUAUAGCCAGGCGCAAGAAGUCAUAGCGUGGCUUGGGGAAUCGGAAAAAGAUUCUGAAAGUAUAGCCAGCGAAGCUAAAGCUAUGAGCUUGCUGAAAAUGGAAACUUCAUUUGACAGUGACCUAAAUUCUUAUAGGGAUACUUGGGGGCCAGUAGAUGCAUUGUUCAGUCGAAACAUAUGGUCGAGAAUAUGGGUGAUAAGAGAACUUGUUGUUGCGGCAAAAUUGACAGUGAUGUGUGGCCAAUACGCUUCGUCAUUUGACAAUUGGCAUGACUUGCGAGAGUUGCGUCGCGAAAAGCUAAGCUUAGAACGCCGACUACCUCGUCUCGUGUCAUACGAGAAUUUUAAAGCAGACGAAGCCGCGUGGGAUGCCGUAAUCGCCCUUCAAACCCUUCGAGGUCGGUAUAGAAAAAAUGAUAGGAUGGAACUCGAACUUGCGACCUUACUUUUUUUCUCUAGAAGGUAUAUUUCAUCCGACUAUCGAGAUAAACUAUAUGCGCUCUUAGGUUUACUGGGCGAUAAAGAGCGAUCAGAUCUUCUCUUGCAGCAGGAUUAUAGUCUUUCUCCAGCGGAGAUGGGCAAAAAACUAACAGUUUAUGUUUUAAAAAAGUAUCGAAAUCUCACUGUACUCGAGAGUGCCUUUUCAGCCGAUAAUUCUGAGAAUCUGUCAUCAUGGACCCUAGAUUUAUAUGCGCUUCGUCGACCAAUCGCCCUUGAGUCUAGUGAUGCCAUACAGCAAAGCACACUGCAGGACCCACACGAUGCAUCACAAGCAUAUAAUGCUGGAGGCAAGUAUAUUCUGGACGACCACCCAUUUACGUUCUCUAGCGACCUCAGGAUUUUGAAAGUAUGGGGUGUUGUCAUAGACUCCGUCAUAGAUUGCGACCUAGGACUGUGGCUUUCUGAAAAUAUAUAUUGGGAAAGCUCGAGGGGAAAAACUGUAGCAUUUAAUUGCCGACGAUUCGUUAAUUGUCUUGGCCCGGGGAGUGUUAGAAAUGGUGAUCUACUGGUCGUGUUAUUUGGCAGCACUGUGCCUUUUUUGCUUCGGGAAAUCCAAGUUGAUUGUGUAGAAGCUGAACCUGGACCACCAGGAGAAAGGUACAAGCUUGUUGGAGAUUGUUACGCUGAAGGUAUCAUGGAGGGUGAAAUUCUGGAAGCAUAUCAAGCCGGUGACAACGAGGGGCAGGAGUUCUGGCUUGAGUAG